AUGGAAGAAACAACAAGCAGAGAAGAAGUAAUUCAAGCAAUAACAGAAAAGGUUGGGACACUGCAGAACACUUUUCAGCUAAGCAAUUUGCGACCUAACGCAAAUAACACUCAAGCUGCCACUAUUAUAACUGACAAGGAAACUGCUCAUUCAUUACUGCAAGCCCCAACAUUAAGAAUAGGUAUAGUACGAUGUAGUUUAGAGAGGAAAGCCGAUAUCAAAAAGUGUAAGCGUUGCUGGGCACACGACCAUACCGAAGAGCACUGUAAUGGACCAGAUAGGAGAAAAUUAUGCUAUAAAUGUAGUGAAGAAGGUCACACAGUAAAAUAA